GGAUACCAGAUCAUCAAGAUGGUUUCAAGAGGAAGGAGAUGCCUGUUUUCAUUUCUCAUUUCAUCAGCUGUCCUGUUGAGCAUAGCACAUGGAGAUAAUUCAACAACAACGCAACCAACGCAAACACAAGAUUUAUCAACAGAUAACACUAACAUUUUAGAGACAACAGAUCCUCCGGCUAUUACAGAAAUCAUAACAGAGAUUGUGACAGUAAUUGUUAACAGUACUGCCCCAGUCACAAGUAGUUUGUCAACUUUGCCUUUGGCUCCUUCGACGACAACGGUUGAUGUUGAUGAUUGUGACCCAAAUCCUUGUAUGAAUGGUGGUGAUUGCACAGAUAAGCUGAAUAAUUACACAUGUAACUGUACUGGAACAGGAUAUGAGGGAACAAAUUGCACGGAGGAUAUUGAUGAUUGUGACCCAAAUCCUUGUAUGAAUGGUGGUGCAUGCACAGAUAAGCUGAAUAAUUACACAUGUAACUGUACUGGAACAGGAUAUGAGGGAACAAAUUGCAUGGAGGAUAUCAAUGAGUGUAAUUCCAACCCCUGCAUGAAUGAAGGGACCUGUCGGGACAUGUUUAAUAAGUACACCUGUAACUGUGAAUUUGGAUAUACAGGAGUGAACUGUGAAACUGAAAUUGAUGAAUGCAGCUCUGCUCCCUGCAAGAAUGAAGGAACCUGUAUCAACUUGGUUAAUAGUUACACAUGUACCUGUGUAGCUGGAUAUACAGGAACAAACUGUGGAAUGGAUAUCAAUGAAUGUGCCUCAGCUCCCUGCAUGAAUGGUGGAGCCUGUACAGACAUUGUUAAUGGUUACGCAUGUACAUGUGUAUCAGGAUAUACAGGAACAAACUGUGAAAUGGAUAUCAAUGAAUGUGCCUCAGCUCCCUGCAUGAAUGGUGGAACCUGUAUCAACUUGGUUAAUAGUUACACAUGUACCUGUGUAGCUGGAUAUACAGGAACAAACUGUGAAAUGGAUAUCAAUGAGUGUAGUUCCAACCCCUGCAUGAAUAAAGGGACCUGUCAAGACAUGGUUAAUAAGUACACCUGUAACUGUGAAUCUGGAUAUACAGGAGUGAACUGUGAAACUGAUAUUAAUGAGUGUGGUUUAACAGGAGAUGAUUUCCCUUGUGAUGCAACAAAUGGCAUGUGCAUGAACAAUGUUGGUAGCUUCAUUUGCACCUGUAUCCCUGGAUAUCAGCUUGAUCAGUCUGAUAUGAAAACUUGUGAUGAAAUUAAUGAAUGCAAUCCGACUCCCUGCAUGAAUGAAGGAACCUGUACAGACAUGGUUAAUGGUUACGAAUGUAGUUGUCUCGAAGGAUAUGAAGGAAUGAACUGUGAAACUGAUAUUAAUGAAUGUGCCAGCAAUCCAUGCGUGAAUGGUGCAACCUGCAAUGACCUGGUCAAUGGAUACAACUGUUCAUGUGCAGAAGGAUUCAAUGGAACUCUCUGUGACACUGAUAUUAAUGCAUGUGAACCCGACCCUUGUGUCAAUGCUGUGAACUGUACGAACCAUUUAAUGAAUGAAGGUGAUGCAACGUACACAUGUCACUGUCGGCCUGGAUGGAUGGGGCAAAACUGCUCAGAGGAUAUUCGUGAAUGCUAUCCAACAACUUGUGAGAAUGGAGGAACUUGCUUUGAUGGCACAAACUUUUUCAACUGCACUUGUGCUCCUGGCUACAAUGGAACGUAUUGUGAAAAUAUUUGUCCUCCUGGUACAUUUGGAGAUUACUGUAUGGAGAGCUGUACAUGUGUAGAUGGAGCUAACUGCAGUAAUGUCGACGGAAGCUGCACUUGUGAACCGGCAUUUGAUAUGGCAGCUUGUGAUAAAAAGGAUGUCAGUGUCACAGCUAGUUUGACUCCAGAGCUUCCUAAUAAUACUAUAUCGGAAUAUGAUGUCUUCACGCUUGCAUGUCAGGUCAACCUCGCUGGUGAUGACCUGGAGAAGGUCACGUGGAACAGAGAUGAUGUGGAACUCCCAAACGAUUCCAACCCAAGGUACUUGGUAAACCAAAACCCUGAUAUGGGAAUGUACAACAUCACCAUCCGGAAUGCCAGCGCAGAGGAUUCAGGGUUCUACGUCUGCACUGCCGUGACGGCAGGAAGCCAGUUUGAGAACUCUAGUGAACCCAUUGAAGUUGAUGUCAUUGUACACGGGCAAAUUGACCUUGAACUCAGCAAACUUGAAGAUCGCAUCCAACUCAACCAAACAGCAAGUCUCAACUGUACCGUGUUCUCCAGUAGUGAGGCAAGCAUCGCAUGGGAGCGGAAUGGAACGAGACUAGAGAAUGGAACGAACAGGGCAAGCAUUAAACCCGGCAGUGGAGAGGGGAUAGGAGGGACGUAUUUCUUCAGCGUACUUGAGAUAUCUGAAAUUGUCCGAACUGAUAAUGGAAUUUAUACAUGCUUGGCCCUGGAUGCAGAGGGCAAUGAGACGGACAGGGCUGAUUUUACCAUCUUUGUUCAAGAGGUGCCCGAACUUGCUAAUCCAAACAUUACGGAUAUUCUCUCCACACAAGUUACUCUUUUGUGGGACUUCACUAUUCAAGGCAAUGAUGAUGACAUUAACUGUACAGCCACGUACACAUACCAAGUAAAGAAUGAAGCAACUAAUGGGACAGGAGAGCAAGAUGUGGGUGGUACAUCACCAAGUGAUGUGAUAAACCUGACACCCUAUGCCACUUACACAUUCCAGCUGACCUGUGUGAAUCUUGUCGGAAGGAGUGAGCCUCUGGUGUUUAAUCCUGUGGACACCCUAGCUGGAAAACCCUCUCAACCACGUACUGUGAGAACCAGUGAUGAACAAGCACGGCAGGUAUUUGUUGAAUGGGAUGAGCCAGUUACAAAAAAUGGACCCAUCGAUUAUUAUAUAUUGACAGCUACACCAACCAAAGGUGGUGAUAUUACAUCUCUACCUGUACCUGAAACCAGAUAUACUUUUAAAGGCCUUACACCAUAUACAUUCUACACGAUCCGUGUACAGGCAGUGAAUCUAUUUUCAGAUGAAGGGUUCAUUCAAAGUGACUUUUCUCUGCCUUCUCCAGAGUUUAGGACCUUAGAAGCUGAACCUGGUGCUCCCAGAGCAUUCAAUGUUGCCAACAAUCCAGAUACAUGCAUCAUCACUUGGCUGUCACCAGCAGAGGAAAAUGGAAUCAUCACCAAAUAUACACUCUACUCAGAAAUCGAGAGACGGGACACAGGUUUUGUAGUUUCAGACGAACGAAGUGAACAGGAUGAUGAUACAUACCAAGUUUCUUUUGUGAAGCUUAAUUUAGCACCUUAUUCCAUUUAUAGUUUCUCGGUCAGUGCUUCGACUAAUAAAGGAGAAGGCCCGAAUGCUACUUACUCACAAAACUCUUGCGAAACACCCCAAGGAGUACCUUUGCCACCUCCGUCCCUCCCACCUCCUGGCGAAGGUGGUAUCAAAGAAACAAGCUUCACAAUUGCACUACCAACCUAUGAUGCACGCAAUGGUCCUGUAAGUUGUUAUGAGGUGAUCGUUGUGAAGCUGGGGAGUGCUGAUGUAAAAUUGAAUUCUUCUACUUCCUACUACCAACCUGAUCAGAUCAAGAGCUACCAAGAAGCCAGGGACGAAACAGGAGUUCCAUAUAGGGCUGUUGUAUUUAGGGACCGUCCCACCUCGGGCAUAUUAGCUGUUGGUGCGACCGAAAACGAUGUAUCCACAUGUCAUACCGGUGGUUCAGCGGGAAGUGGUAGAAGGCGAAAGAGAGAAACGAUAGCUACCCAAGAGCUGACAGCUGUUAAUGGUCCUCUUGAAGCUGGGGGAAUCUAUUCAUCCUUCGUUAGGGUCUACACUCCUUCAGAAGCUGACCCCGGGAUGGCUUUCUAUGAGAAUGGACCGUUCAUGGUCCCAGUCAAACUAGCCAAUGUCGCCGCUAUCGUUGGAGCAAUAUUUGGAGUCUUGAUUAUAGCGUGCAUUGUUGGUGUUGUCGUACUGAUAUUCUACAGGAGAAACCAGAAAGAACCGAACGAUCCCCUGAUGACCCCGACGUCCACCGUACCUCGGGAAAACGGCAACGGAGCCAUAGGCAUGCAGAAUCUAGGUAUAGAAGAUGCGGACGACAUGAUCGUGAAGCCCAUAAGGCUGGAGAACUUGGAGAAAGCAAUCCGACAAAAGGCUCAAGAUGAGAAGAGAAUGUUCUGGGCAGAGUAUAAGGCUUUGCCGAACAGACCCCCUCCCAUGGUGACGAUGAAUAACAGCAAUCUCCCUGCGAAUAAAGACAAGAACAGAUACAUCAACAUCAUUGCCUACGAUCACACCAGAGUGACACUGAAGGCCAUAGAUGGCAUUGAAGGGUCGGACUAUAUCAAUGCUUCCUAUGUCAACGGUUAUCAGUCUCCUGAUAAAUUCAUUGCUGCACAGGGUCCCAAGGACAACACCUUAGAAGAUUUCUGGAGAAUGAUCUGGGAAUAUGACUGCUCUACCAUUGUCAUGCUUACUAAAUGCGUUGAAGAUGGCAAGGACAAAUGUUCACAGUACUGGCCGAACAAGGGUGCCAUCAAAUAUGGCAGGUUCAAGGUAAAAAUGGAUUCGGUAAAGGAGACGGCAGAAUACAUCAUCAGGUCUAUAUUACUCUCAGAGGAUGGCAAAGAGAGUGGUGAGCGAACCAUCACACAGUUUCAUUUCUUAGGUUGGCCCGACCACGGUCAGCCCGACUACCCAUCCCCUAUGAUGUGUCUUAUCAAGAGGAUACGGCAUCUCACCUCAAAGAUGAACCACAGAGCCAACAUUGUCGUCCAUUGCAGUGCUGGAGUGGGUCGCACAGGAACAUACAUCGUGAUAGAUGCUAUGCUAGAUAUGAUGAAGCACGAGAAGCAAGUGGACGUGUAUAACUUCAUACAUGAUAUCCGUCAGCAGAGGAAUACACUAGUGCAGUCUUUCGUCCAGUACUUCUUCAUCCAUAUGGCCUUGUUAGAGGAGCACCUGUUUGGUCACACCGACGUCGCUAUGUCAGAAUUCCCUAUGUACUACCAACAACUCAGCAAUAAAUCAGACUUUGAUGAUGAUCUCACAAAACUAGAGGUGGAAUUCAGGAGAGCGUGUAAGUUGGGUGUGAAUGGAGUAGAGCAGAGGUUUGCCAACAUUGAGCAGAACAAAGACAAGAACCGUAUAGGACAUAUUCUUCCAUAUGACAAGAAUGUAGUGAAGCUUGAAAGAUUGAUUGGUGAAGAGUUUUCAGAUUACAUCAAUGCAUCAUACAUCACAGGUUAUCAACGUAAAAAUAUGUACAUAGCAACACAGGGUCCCCUUCCUAACACGAUACCUGACUUCUGGCGUAUGAUAUGGGAAAGCCAAACAGCGACGAUAGUUAUGCUUACAGAGAUGAGCCAGAAAGGACACGAAAUGUGUGCUCAGUACUGGCCUCUGGAGAUGGACGAAACAGAAGAACACGGGAACAUCUCGGUCACCCUGGUAUCAGAAUCAGACGAGGAUGAAGCCUUCACCAUUAGAGAUAUAGAGAUAUCACAUGCAAAGAUCAUGCAGAACAUCUACGGUAAUGUAGACACUCAGAACGAAGAGUCUGCAGAGGGCGCCGAGGGUGCCGAAACCGACUCCCAAAGCGCUAUCUACGGAAAUGUCGACGAAUCCGCUCCGCCAACUCCAAUGAAAGACAUACGCAAGAUCCGGCAGUACCACUUCCGAGGCUGGCCGGAGGUCGGUGUCCCGGAAUCCGGGGCCGACCUGAUGCAUCUGGUCAACCAGUCACACCUCCAUCAGAAGGGGGCGGGUCCCGGUCCCAUCGUGGUGCACUGCAGUGCUGGAGCGGGGAGGACGGGCGUCUUCAUCGCCCUGAACAUCCUGAUGAGCCGUAUGGAGGAGGAGAGUAUGAUCGAUGUCUUCCAGACUGUCCGCGGCCUCAGGCAACAGCGCCCCCACAUGGUCCAAGACUUGGCCCAGUUCAAGUUCUGUUACUCAGCCAUGGUGGAGUACCUAGAGAGCCAGAGCACUGAAUACCAGAACUUUGUAGCUCGUGUCUAGCGCAGAAUAAUCAAACUCGUAGGGGACUUGUGCAAAGUGUAUAAAGUCAUAUCUAAGUCACAACUCUAGCUGAGGAGCUGGAAUAGUGCAAAUGAUGCACAGUGGUGUGUGCAUUCAGGUCCAAAUAAUGAACAAUGUGUGAGAAGAGAAAUGGAUAUACCGUAACAAGGUCCUCAGGAUUUUGUGCGAUGUAUCGUGAUGCAGAGGCAGGCACAGAGUUCACUAUUUUGGUUCCUGAAUGCACAAAUGAAAGUACCUCGGCCACAUGUGCAUGUAAUACCGAAACAGACUCGUUACUUUCUUAAGCAUUUUUCUACAUCAUGAUGAAAUAUUUAGACCUUUUGUGCAAAGUUGCAUGAGCAGUCCAUGCCUUGGAUAUUUUGAAAGACGUUGAUCGAUGAAUGGUGGAUUGUGGUACGGAGGGAAUAAGUGAUAGGCAAUCAUCUAAGAGCACCUGACUUAGGUUUCUUUGUGAGAAACGUUUUACACUUGUUGUAAAUAAUGAAAAACAGAUUCUGUAAUUUGAAAACAGAGCACAAAAUGACAUGAUUUAACUUACAUGUACAUGUAUUUCAUGAAGUCUUUUUCUAAACGAAGACGGCAGAUCGUAGAGAUAAAUUGAACUUUUCUUCCAAAUAAAAUGUGAUGAAUAUAAAACGUUGCCAAUUUGAGUUAUUUUAGAUCCUUAUGUACCGCAUUUGUUGAAGGAUGGCAGUAAUAAUAAAGGAGGGAGAUGAUGGGCUUAUGAUUGUUGACGCCAUGUCAGCAUGUGAUAUGUACAGUAUAAUAAUGUAUUAAUGCAACUGUGAGAAGUUUUGAGUAUGCACAUUCCACGAAAGUCACAAUCACCUUUGUCACGAGCAACUAUUCAUCAAUCUACUUAAAUAAUGUGUAUACAAUACGAUUUGAUUACUAAUGAUUAAAUUGAUAUUAAUAUCGAAUGUACUAUUAAUCCUUAGUGUACUAAUAUAUUCCAUUUGUAGUACUGAAAUUUAUUCGAAAUAUAGUUCUUUUCUACUCAACAUUGAAAUGCAAGAAGUGUUUUUUGUGUGUAGAUUAUAAGAAAUGUUCAUGUUUGUUAGUAAAUCAAGGGCAAAAGUAUCACUUCUCUUUUCUGAAUAAUAAGCAGUAAUAUAAGAUUAUUAGUAUUUUAUUAUGAUAAGCUGGUUCUUGGUAUUACUAUCUUAUUGAAAUACAAUAUAAUACAAAAUACUAUUUCCCUUAAAAUCAAGGUACUUCCAGAUGAAAUAUUAUUUUUUUAUAAAUGGAUUGAGAUUGACAACUUUUGAAAUAUAGAGACUAUUAUUUCUUUGUGUUUCCGCAGGAAUUGUUAUUAAUGCUUACAUGAUGCCAAUGCAUAGGUUAAUUAUUAUACAAGUAAUGAAUGUCCAUGAGUGCAAUGGACAGAAUAUUUAAUGAGGUGAAAUAUGACAUGCUCCAUCCAACGAGGCGUAGCCAAGUUAAAUGGAUCAUUUAUUUCAUCUUUCACCAAAUGAAUAUCUGUCCAUUGCACGAAUGAAAAGAACAUUCAUUAUUUGGUUUUACAUGACUCCUAAAAAUAGAUUCUUUUUCAUAGGAAAUCUAUCAAUUUCAAUGCAAAAACAUGAUCAUGCAGUGCGAGCUCGGUCUAUUUAUUGUCGCGUACAUGGGGGUACAUACAACAUACACGCUGCAUGCAAACAAGUGAUUUACUUGUGGUGCCUAUAGUAUAUAGUCUUAGUGCGCACGUGCAAUGGACAAAAUCGUAGGGAUCCAAAAUUGCACGAUUGAUGAUGUCAUUGUAAAUGGGCUGAAUGAUCGAUAUCAAACAACCAAUCAAAUGACAAGGAUCUACAUAUGUAUCUAGGUGUCAUAUAAAACCUUAUAAAUGUGCGGGGACAUUACCUGAAGUUUAUUACUGUGUGAAUCUGUCUUUUAUGUUAUUUUUCUCUGCUGUUUUUAUUUUCUUUCGGUCUUUCCUGUCUCGUUAUUUCCUUAUCCAUUCCCAAUGAUGCUAGACCAUUCCAUACUUAAACAAAAUACUCAUGGCAUUCCCAGAUAUUGUCUAUGUUUCGUUCGUUAUGCUCCAUGUAUCAAAAAUCCACCCUCAGUACAUCCUUUUUAAAGCAGACCAAAGUUGAUUUGAAACAUGGUGGUUCAAUGGUAGCAUGCCUGCCUCAUGAAUAGGAGGUUGUGGGUUCAAACCUCAGCUGAGUAAUUACUCUGUGCUACUUUGUGCUACUUUUGAUCCAUAUUUGUGUAUUGCAUAGAGAGCUCUAUUGCUUUAGACCUUUUAUUAAAAAGUUCCCAGUUGUACUAUACCAAACAGUGCAUUAAUUCCCUUUUAAUCAAAUUAUUGAUGAAUUUAUUAAUUUCCUUUUAUUUGUUUUUAGAUUUUGUGUUAAUAGUGUAGGAUUAUGUAUCACCAAGUACUAUAUUCAAGAUAUGUUAUGAAUAUAUAAUAUAUUCAUAACACUAUUCAUGAAUUGGCAUAAAGCAAUAUGUUUUUAGGUAGACAUUCAAUUUUAUGAAACAUGAAGAUUGCGUUAUGUAGGGAAAAAAAAAAGGAAAUUUCACCAUUAACAUACUGAUAUAAUACUUGUACAAAAAUGAAGAGAACUUCCAAAAUAACAGUAUUUUUUCUUUCUUUCUAAAGCUAAAACAGUUUUGCAGUACUGACAACGACUAAUAUUUUGCAUUAUGAAAUGUGAGGAGAAAUUUUAAUGCUUGAAUUUGUAAUGAAUUGUACCCUUUUUAUGUCAGUUCUUAUUUAAAGUAAAGUGAUUCUCUGUUAGAGAUAUGUUAUUUUUUCUUUCCCUGUGUUUAUUAGAUAUAUUGUACAAAUAUUUGAUCUCACAUAUUACUAUGUUAUAAACCAUUCUAUUGUAUCGGUUCAUUUUGAAAUAAGAGAAUAUAUUGUGUAUGAUAUUUGUACUGUAUUUGUAUGUAAGCUCUGUAUCCUUCCAUGUUAAAUUAAUGAUAUUUCAUUGUUUGUACAUAUAUAAAGAUUACAAUAUGCAAAAUGAUAUCUCUUACUGUUUUACAAAGAAGACAUUUUACCAUUAGGUGCAUUCUUUUAUACACAUAACAGGGGUGCAUUUAUGAAAUAAAAUGAUAUUUUUUAUAUCUUGCAAUUUUUCGGCAUAUGUACUGUAAUUGUAGGUAUAUAUAGUUAUCUGUACAUGUUUGUAUCGUAGAGAUUUAGACUAUUAUAUUUGUUGUUAUUUAAUUAUCUCUCUCAUCUCAUUGAUCAUGUCAUGUGAUUGAAAGAUUUUUUGCUUGCACAUUGAAUUCCCUCAUCCUCAAUUUCUAUGCCUAUUUCUUGUAGUCAAGAUGGUGUGGUAUUAAAACAACCUUUGAUUUUAUUUAACCUCUUUCUAGCCCAUCUUGGAUAUCUUUCACUUUUAAAUUGUAGCACAUUAAAACAAUUCAAAACAGUGUUAUUUGAAGUAGUAUUGCAUUCUAGAAGGUACCCUGUUUUUGGUUUGUAUAUGUGAGAUUAAUUUAUUGUUUCCCCGAAAUUUUCCAUCAACUUUUUGGGUUAUCAAAUAAUUAAAAUGUGUUACAAAAUUGAUCCUCUUUUGACGUAGUAUCUUAGCAACAACAUUUCAUUUAUAAAGGGGAGCCUUGUUCUUAGUACUCAAAUGCAUCCUGAAUGUUUGACAAGUAUGUUGAUUAAAGAAUAAUGAUGAACUAUUCUUGUAUUUUAUUAUCUAAAUUAAUUAUUAUAUUUACAUACAUCAUUACAUAAUUUCACAUGUACUUCCAAUCAACUCUGUGAUUUUUUUUAAUCAGUCACCUUUUUUCCAAAGUAUUGAAAAUAUUUCAGUCAUUAUAUAUGUACAUAGAUUUAUAAAAGUAUAAAUUUUGCUGAAGAGGCUUUUUAUAUUGAUUCUCAUAAUAAUGGUAGUGCUAUAGUAUGUCAACAUAAUAUUUCAAUAUUUUGGAUAUUUCUCACAAUUAUUUUUGAAACUUCCUACUCUUAAUGAAAAGAUAACAAACAUUAAAUUCAUCGCAAAAUAAAGGUAGGGGUUAACCCUAUAAUAAAUCUACUGGAUUUAUAAGUUUGGAAAGCUCAUGAAUAUUUUGACACUUACAUUUUGCUUGCAAUAAGAUUUAUAUUUCAGAUUUGAUUAUGAACAAUAAAAUAUGGAUUUUCAUAAUAAUGAGAAGUAAGAAAUGUACUUCAUAAAUUCAAUGGAAGUUUUUUGUUUUUCUGAUACACUAAAAAAAAAUCAGUAAUUUUCAUUUCUCUGACUUAAUUGAAGUCUUCAUCUUUAUAUAAGAAAUGCAAAUAAUGUUCAAAUAAUUCAUGUGAUUAUAAAAAUCAUAUGGACUUUCAUAUUAAAAAUCUCCUUGAUCACAAAACAUAUUCUUAUAUGUUUUGGAUUGUUUUUUGUUCGCAUAAACUUGACGAGACAACUGAUGAUGUAACAUCCUAACUUUCUGCCCAGAUAGGUUGGUCUUCAUGUUUCAUUAAUACGUUGAGGUCUGUCAGAUUGCUUUCCAGAUCAAAGUCACGCAUUCAUUAAAUAAAACAAAUAAUCAGUUUCUUUACUUCAAAACCCUCAUCAUGCAUUUUAAUUGAGGGAUGAAUUCAUUUGUACUCCUUCUUUUGCUUGUCAAUUAUAAGAUACAAAUAAUAUUUGAAAAAUACGUAAUUGUGCAUUUUUUAUUUCAAUAGAUGGGCUUGAAUUUGUGUAUUAUGGAUUAUUUUCAAAUCUUUCUGUUGGCAUUUGACGACUACGAUUUUAAAGUAAACUCUCCUUGUUAUAAGAUCUUCCUCUUUUUCCUGAAUUACUCAACUAUAUUUACCCAUACGUCUUCUUCUCAUGAAAGAUACAUUUAUCUUAUUUUUUGUUUGGCAACAUACAUGUAUUAUCUUUGCACUAUUUCUGCUCAUAUUUCUAUUUUUUCUGCUUUUCCUGUAAAAAUUAGUCAAGUAUUAAUAUACUAUGCAGCUGAAUUGGAGCAAUUCUGACAGAUGAACUAAACCCCUAACCUACCCCCCCCCCCCUCCCCAUUUAAGUGCCAGAAUUGUUAUUGAAUGAUUACAAAUUAAACUUAUUAAGUGUAAUAUGUGUGACAAUUUUGAAAAACAAUUUGUUGGCUAAUAGAAAUAGUUAUUGAAUAAUUUCGAAAAUAUGCAGACAGGUUUGUGAGAAAGUUAUUGUGGUCAAUAUUAAAAAGCAGAAAGUGUUGGUUAACUAUUUCAUUCAGCCCAUAAGAGAUAGACAAUGAAGCUAAAUAAAUGUUCAAAUGGAUUAAUGUGACAAGAAAAAGAAAUGACUACUACGUUGAUUGCUGUUUUCCAGUAAAUUGCAGGUGCUUUAGUAAUGUAAUGAUAAGAUACAAAUUCUUUAUUAUUAAAGUUAAAGUGGGUGCAACAACUAUAUUUUUUUCUCAUAAAAUCAUCUAUUUGAAUUUUAAAUUUCUUGUACCUAUUUUGCUCAGAGACACCCGUCUAAAUAGUAAUAUUUUCGUGAUUGUAAAUUCCUGUGUCUAACACAGUCUGUUUAAUAUCUCUGAUGUUUUCUAACGAGGGGUCAUGACCAUUGUGAAAACUACAUGUAUGUCUUUAUUUUUGUUUUAUUGUCGUAAUAAUCAGAAAUUGGUUGAACCAUAAAGUUAACAUUUUACACUUUCAUUUUUGUGCUGGUCUGAUUUCCUAAAUUUCCGAUGAAUAGCCUAUCAAAAUCUGCCAAGAAUUGAAAGAAGAAAUCAUAAAAUCUCUGAAUUUAAGUCCUUGUAUUUACAGCAUUAGUUUAAAAAACUGAUUUAGUGAUAGAUAAUAGAUGCCUGAAACUUUAGAAAAUGUCAUCAAAAUGCAGCACAUAAUACUCAGUACUUUAGUUUAUAUUCUAUAAGUGGUAAUCCAUAAAUGUAAAAGAAGGCCCAUUGUUGUAACUUACAUGCAUAGCGAUUUAUAACAAACAAAGCACUUUAAAAUGAGAUGAUAAUUGUGUGAUGAAGUAUAUUAUAUAUGUAUACUACAUGUAUGUGUGUUUUCUAUGAUUUAUAAACUAUGUAUUAUAUGAUUUAUAGACUAUGUAUUAUGACUACUGCAUCUUAGUAGCACAUUGUACACACAAAUUUCAAUUUAUAUGUUAAAUCAAUAAAAAAGGGGUAUUUCAUUAUAAUUUCACAA